AGCCCACCUGCUGGAAUGGGUAGUGACAUAGGAAGUGAUGAUAUCAUAGCAGGGAAUGUAAGCAAAUAUGCUGUUCUUCCACCUGGUUACUGUGGACAGCCUAAAAAAGGACAUCUUAUAUUUGAUGCUUGUUUUGAAAGUGGUAACCUUGGACGUGUGGACCACAUCACAGAAUUUGAGUAUGAUUUAUUCAUUAGGCCAGAUACCUGCAAUCCACGCUUUCGAGUUUGGUUCAACUUCACUGUUGAAAACAUAAAAGAAUCACAGAGGGUAAUUUUCAACAUUGUCAACUUCAGUAAAACAAAAAGCCUCUACCGCGAUGGAAUGACCCCUAUGGUGAAGUCCACAAGCAGACCAAAAUGGCAAAGGCUGCCACCUAAAAAUGUAUAUUAUUAUCGCUGUCCAGACCACAGGAAAAACUAUGUCAUGUCAUUUGCUUUUUGCUUUGACCGAGAGGAUGACAUUUACCAAUUUGCCUACUGCUACCCCUACACGUAUACUCGGCUUCAACACUAUCUUGACAACUUACAACGGAGGAACAUGGACUACUUUUUCAGGGAAUUGCUAGGACUCAGCGUGCAACAACGGCGGCUUGACCUCCUGACUAUAACCAACCCCGAAGACAAAACAGACCUUGAAAACAGUGUGAUGCAGAAGAAAAUUAAAAUCCCCAAACUCUCUCUCAAUCAUAUAGAAGAAGCUGGGGAGGUUACAGAUUAUGGGGAAGAAGAUGUGGAGCUUAGACACAGUAAGAGACAAGAUGGGAGGAAACAAAGUGAAGGCGCACACAAAAGCAUUGAAGCAGUUGUCGCUCGCCUUGAAAAGCAAAAUGGGAUGAGUCUCAGUAAUAAUUCCAGCCCUGAGGAAACCUUUAUGGAGACUUCAGAAGGCAUUAACAGUAUGGACGAUGCUGUCGUUCCUCGGGUUCUCUAUGAAGAAUUGUUGAGGAGUUACCAGCAGCAACAAGAAGAAAUGAGACACAUUCAGCAAGAACUUGAGCGAACACGAAGACAGCUUGUGCAGCAGGCAAAAAAGUUAAAGGAGUAUGGGGCAUUAGUUUCAGAAAUGAAAGAGCUCAGAGACUUGAACAGAAGGCUCCAGGAUGUGUUGCUUCUAAGACUAGGCAGUGGUCCUGCCAUAGAGCUUGAAAAAGGAAAACCAGAAUCAAUUGAGCCUGAGCCUGAGGUACAGAAGACAUACAGCGAGGAAGCAAAUACAUCAACUUAUUAUCCAGCCCCCGUCCCAGUAAUGGACAAGUAUAUUCUUGAGAAUGGAAAGGUCCAUCUUGGCAGUGGAAUCUGGGUAGAUGAGGAGAAAUGGCACCAGCUGCAAGUAACACAAGGAGAUUCAAAGUACACAAAAAAUCUAGCGGUUAUGAUUUGGGGAACAGAUGUUCUCAAGAACAGAAGUGUCACGGGAGUUGCAACCAAAAAAAAGAAAGAUGCAGUCCCCAAGCCACCUCUCUCACCUCACAAAUUAAGCAUCGUCAGAGAAUGUUUGUACGACAGAAUAGCACAAGAAACUGUGGAUGAAACGGAAAUUGCACAGAGACUCUCCAAAGUCAACAAGUACAUCUGUGAAAAAAUCAUGGAUAUCAAUAAAUCAUGUAAAAAUGAAGAAAGGAGGGAAGCAAAGUACAAUUUGCAAUAAAUUUUGGAUUUUUAAUAAAGUCUUAGUGUUUUCCUUA